CACGGCCCACAAUCCACAGGAGACUGAUAGGAAAGGAAAUCAAAUUUCAACAUCUAUUUUUCAUACCUAGCACUAAGACCAUUUCCGAUUUAACUUCUACGAAAGAUUUUGCUUUAAUGUAUUUGUUAUAAUAAAUAAACACAGUACAAACAUUUGCCUUUAACGAUUGCCCAAGUCAGCACUUGACCUUGAUAUAAUAUUUAUUGAAAUAUUCGCGCAUGCGCUAAAAAUCGGCCUUUUAACAUAAGUGCCAACAAUCGAUAAAAUCUCAGUAAAGCUAACGUAUGUUCCACAUCAACCAAAUCAGUUUCAAAAUGCGGCCCAGGCUUGUGUUUCUUAUCUGCGUGUGUAGCGUCAGCUGUGAACCAGAAACUGUGAGGGACAACUUCGACUAUUUCAGUUAUGGUAACGAAGAGAAUGUUUUGAAGAACUUGGAUUUACACACGCCCAAAGAUGAAAUAGUUCUCAGGCCUCAAGAGGUCAAGGACUGGCCUCAGCAGUCUCUGAAUGUGGGGCAAAUUACGGCGGUCUCCAUUAAUUCUUUAGGGCAGCCUGUUAUGUUUCAUAGAGCUGAAAGAAUUUGGGAUGAAAGUACAUUCAAUGAAUCAAACGUAUACCAGAAUCUAGACAAAGGACCAAUAAUCGAAGAUACAAUUUUAGUACUUGAACCCCAAACAGGGUCUGUUCUACAUAGUUGGGGUGCUUAUGCGUUCUACAUGCCCCAUGGAUUAACUGUAGAUCACCACGACAAUGUAUGGGUAACAGAUGUUGCGAAACAUCAAGUAUUCAAGUAUACGCCUAACAACCACAAAUAUCCCAGCCUUACGAUUGGAGAAGCAUUCACAGCAGGCUACCCAUACAGACGAAGGGUACUUCUAUGCAUGCCAACAUCCGUUGCCAUAGCGACCACUGGCGAAAUAUUUGUAGCCGAUGGAUACUGCAACAAUCAAAUCUUAAAGUUCAAUGCCGCGGGAACCCUCCUCUUCGCUAUACCAGCCUUCUCAGACUCGCUGACCUUAAAUUUGCCACACAGUGUCACGUUACUGGAGCACUUGGAUAUAGUGUGCGUGGCUGAUCGAGAAAAUAUGCGCAUUGUCUGCCCUCAAGCUGGUCUGAAGAGCUACGCCAAAAUGCUGGAGCCUGCAACGGUUAUAGAAGACCCGACCUUGGGUAGAGUGUUCGCUGUGACGUCACAUGGUGAUAUCAUCUAUGCGGUGAAUGGGCCCACAGCUCAAAACAUUGAGGUGCGAGGUUUCACUGUUAAUGCCGUUAGUGGGCGAAUUUUGGAUUCUUGGGAACCGAGCACGGGCUUCACAAAUCCACAUUCCCUGGCGGUUACUCGAAACGGAUCGCAUCUGUAUGUAACCGAAAUCGGUCCUAACAAAAUAUGGAAGUUCGAGUUAACAGAUGUCUACGACAAGUAACUUGUAAAUUGUUCACCUUCAGGAAGCUUUAAACAUGUAUUACCUAACAUUAGGGACCUGCUUUGGUAAAACGAAUUAAAUUCGUAAAUGUAGUCGUUUAAUAUACAUAAUUUACAUUAGAUUAUACGCUUCUUAAUUGGUGAAUACUUUGAGUAUAGAUUUUGUUACAACGAGUGUUAAAGAAAUAUUGAAUGAUAUAUCUAUUACAAAUUUAUAAAAAAACUUAUCCGGCAUACACUGAUAGAAAUACCAUCUCUCUCUUCUCAUCUCUUUCCAUCAAAUUAUAAAAAAAAAUACAGAAAGUCAAAUGAGUGUAUAAUACACUUUUUUAAAUGCUCUAAACAUGUUUGAACGCGAUAUCGUAAUUCCAUAGUUUUCACAUACAGAGAGAGAUUAUUUACUACAAUGUACAAAGAGUAAAUACUUAUAAUUAGCGUGUGGCUAAAUAUAGCCAUUUAGAAAAUAUUAAAUAAAAGUUAUUUAUCUUGUAUGUACUUAUUACUGUGUAUAUUAUUUCUGUAAAAAAAGCAACAUUUAGAAUGCAGAGUAAAGAAAGCAUAGAGUAAAGAUGACACGCGCCUGGUGAGUGAAUGAAUUAUGCUCAAUAUUAAUGUUGCUAAACAGUAUGUAUAUAGUCUGUGGUUUAAUACGAUUUAAACGUUUGUUAGAACUUAGAUGUAGCAUUUAAGUAUCGAAGAAUAGGUCCAAUAAGAAUCACGCACACUUCUAAAUGGGAGUUAAUUUUUUUCGUUAUUUUAAGAGGUUAUAAUACUCUUCAACAUAUUCAAUUAGUAGAUCAACGUGUAUUCUAUCGCGUAAAUUUGACAGAAAAACAAAUGAACUUUCUUUAAAUCCAUGUAUUGGGUUAGUUUUUAUGAAUAAAGGGGAGAAUUAAAACAUACAGUAUUUUCAUAUCUAUUAGCAAGUACACGAGUUCUAUGAAUU